UGCAGAUCCACCUUAAUCGCUGCCUGUGGAUUCCAUCACCUGACAAACCAGCUCCCCGCGCCGCCAUUUUGACGCUCAGUGCCCGCCCGAGAAAGCGGAAGGAAAAGCCGGGCGGGCACGGGCAGGAGGAGGAGGAGUAGGGAUCAUCUUCACCCCCUCGGAAAAUAUCAUCGGGAGUCCCGUCAGAUACUCCCCCUUUGAAAUCAGACAUGUGCGAAAGCCGUGCCUGUUCGAUUGGUUAAUCGAGGGGUGGGGGGGAAUUAAAAGUCGUUCAGUUUUGAUUAGUAAGGGUUUCAAUUUGGGCCAAAAAAACCGUGUAGUUUUGUUAACACUCACCCCCCCCCCCCAAUUGUUUAAAUCAGGUUUUAUAUAGAGCCCGAGUGUGAACGGGAAGUGUGUGUGUUGUGUUGGAGGGGUGGGAAAAUUUCUGAGCGGUAUUUUUUUCGGGUAUUUCUGGUCGCCUGUUUACCUGAGAAAGGCUCGCGCUGUUGAAUCAUGUCGGGUCAGUCGAUCACGGACCGUAUCACCGCAGCCCAGCACAGUGUCACCGGCUCAGCUGUUACCAAGGCGGCCUGUAAAGCCACUACACACGAAGUGAUGGGCCCCAAGAAGAAGCACCUUGAUUAUUUAAUCCAAUGUACCAACGAGAUGAAUGUGAACAUACCACAAAUGGCAGAUACUCUGUUUGAAAGGGCAACAAACAACAGCUGGGUUGUGGUGUUUAAAGCUUUAAUCACAACGCAUCAUUUGAUGAUGUAUGGGAAUGAGCGUUUUAUACAGUAUUUGGCUUCGAGAAAUACUUUGUUCAACUUGAAUAAUUUUUUGGAUAAAAGUGCCAUGCAGGGGUAUGACAUGUCCACCUUCAUCAGACGGUAUAGCAGAUAUCUUAAUGAAAAGGCACUCUCGUACAGACUAAUGGCAGUUGACUUCACCAAAAUGAAAAGAGGGAUGGAUGGAGUAAUGAGAACAAUGAAUACAGAGAAAUUGCUGAAAACAUUGCCUCUUAUACAAAAUCAGCUGGAUGCACUUCUAGAUUUUGAUGCAAACCCCAAUGAGCUAACUAAUGGAGUAAUAAAUGCUGCCUUCAUGCUACUGUUCAAAGAUUCAAUCAGGCUUUUUGCUGCCUACAAUGAAGGGAUCAUCAACUUACUGGAGAAAUAUUUUGAUAUGAAGAAAAAUCAGUGCAAAGAAGCCUUAGACAUCUACAAAAAAUUUCUGGCUAGAAUGACCAAGUUGUCUGAAUUUCUCAAAACUGCAGAGCAAGUUGGAAUUGAUCAGGGUGACAUUCCAGAUCUUACUCAGGCACCAAGCAGUCUGCUUGAAGCAUUGGAACAGCAUUUGGCUUCCUUAGAAGGAAAAAAAACAAAAGAAUUCUCUGCAGUAAACAGAGCAACAACUCUAUCGAAUGCAGUCUCCACUCUUUCCAACACAGGGAUGUCUUUGAGUAAAGUUGAUGAGCGGGAAAAGCAAGCUGCUCUAGAAGAGGAACAAGCUAGGCUACAGGCGCUCAAGGCAAAGUGCGAUGCUAUUCCACCUGGAUUUGUGAUGCAGGAGCAGCGACACAAAGAAAUGUCUGUGCCACCCCAGUCAGCAACAGCAUCCACAACUGUCUCCCCAAGCUCCACAUCAGGGAAAAGUAUCAGUACAACUGCAACAGUUGAUCUGUUCUCAGCUGCACCAGCAACAAAUACUAACAGUGCCCCUAAUUUGUCCAAUGAUAUCUUCAACCUGGAGUCAGCUUUUGUACCUGCUGUACAGAGCACACCAGCAAUAUCAACCUCAGUAGCUAAUGCAUGGGGAGACCCAUUUACUGCCUCUGGUUGCAUUGACUCUGUCUGUCGUUUGGAUGUGUUUGACAUGCAACCUGUUGAAGAUGUGGUAAAAAUCACAAUUGCAUCUAGUGCUGCUUCAAAGCAGACAUUGGCCCACCAUUUUAGCGAUGUGUUCAACUCUUUUCCUGAGCCAAGUCCAGCUACAUCUACAAACGUUGAACGCUUUCCUGAGGCCGACAUAUUUGCUGCAGGUUUUGCUCCUCAACCAGCCCCACAAAUGAUGGCUCCAUCAACAACAUUGAAUGUGGACUUUGAUUCUGUGUUUGGAUCCAAAUCAGGCCUCUGUGAUGCCAAGAAUGCAAGCGGUGAAAUAUUAAUGCCACAAUCAACUUCACUUGCCAAAGAUGAAACACCGCCAGUGAACCAGCAAAACAACAAACUACUAGCAAAUGACUUGGAUUCAUCCCUUGCCAACCUUGUGGGCAAUUUGAAUUUCGUAGGAACCCCAUUGAAAAGAAUGGAUCAGCAAUGGACCCAGAGUGGAGAAAGGAAAUUAACAGGAGGAACAAACUGGCAGCCAAAGACCACUACAUCGACAUCCUGGAGUGCCGUGCCAAUGAAUGUACCAGGAAUGGUUCCUACCCCAAUGUCUUUCCCAGUGUCAACAUCUCAAGUGCCUGUAUAUGGAAUGGUACCUGCAGUGGGAACAUUGCCUGUGAUACCACAGCACCCAAUGAUGUAUCCUCAACCUGUCAUCAGAGCAACUAACCCUUUUGCACCAGUUAACGGAGCUCAGUUGCAGUUCAUGUAGAGACAUCGGAACUGCAUCAAGGUUCUGUAAGCACCAAAUACCUGGAUGAAGACCGAUGAAUAUGAUCAAGACACGAGGCUUAUUCCUCAUUUUAAACGGUCACUGAACUUGCAAUAUAUUAUUGAUUCCCACUAUAUGUUUCUAAUCAAUUACAAAACCUGUUUUGUGGACAAGUGCUGAGAGCAAUAUAGUCCAAUCUGUCUUCAGUGGUCAUUGGCCUACUGAACAGGCAUAAAUAGAUGUUGAUAUUUAUUGAUCUCUUCCGUGCAGCUGUUUUUCUUUGCUAAACAUAAAAUCAGGAGUAGCUUCAGUUAACAGCAGGAAUGAGAAUGGAUGAAUAAGAGAUUACUAAUAAAUAUCAGCAAUUGAAUGGAAACCUGCAAAAUCCUAGCUCAACCUGGUUCAGAUAGUUUUAAGUUGAUCAGAAAUUGCAUUUGAACUCUUGAAAAGGGUUUUAACUUUCAACUUGCUGUCAGUUAAAAGAUUUCGAUUCAAAAGCUUCAAAAUGAAAAUCCUACUAAUAGUCCUGUUUACUUCCUAUUCCUUUUGAAUAGUUUAGGAGUUCAUCAUUUUCUGACCAGGUGUGUUAUUAGAUUUUUUUUUGUAUUGCAACAGUUAAUGGGUUAUCAUAUUGCUUUGCUAUGCAGAAUAUAAGUUUAUUUUUCACAAUGAGUGAAAAGAAAAAUGACAGUUUGGGGAAUAGGUUUAAUACUCAUGGGAAGUUUAUUUUGAACAAUUUCAAAUCACGAAGCUGCCACCAUUUUUAAAGUUGUAGUCACCGAUCCAUCUCAUUAACGAUUAAAUCAGAGAAAUAGACCAUUAUUGAAUUGACACAAUCUGAUUAAAGAAAGAUGGGGGCAUUUUCUAAUUUCUGCUUGAACCACUAAAUGGUAGAUCUCAGAUAUAGUUUAAUUAGGGGUGAUCUGUUCUGAUUAAAGCUAAACUUGGCUUCUCCAAUAACAUUACAAUCUAUUAGGUUUAGCAAGACCUGGGUAAGAUAUAGUAGUUGUGCUUGCUAGCAACAGGUUAUCAAUACUAUAGUUCCAAUACAACUAGAAACACAAGUUGAAUAUAUCAUGUGCAUAUAAAGCUACUGACCCUAAGGUGUACAUCUAUUUCUGGAUGUGUACAUUCUUCAAAAUAGCUACCCCUUCCCCUUUUAUCAGUACUCAAAAGUAGUUAAUGUUGUGAUUAUGAUUGCAGAAACCAUAACUAAACAAUGUUGGUUUCCUUAUUUUAUACACCCCACGAGCAAAAUUGGAGGUAUUUGUGAGACUGAAAUCUGUUUCCUGUUGAUUUCAGUGGUAAAGUUGCUAAUAAAAUUAAAAGUUCAAUUCUAAAAACCUUACCUUUUUCCCCCCACACACCCUUUUGCUACUCCACAUUGUUUUUGGUACUGUUGCACAGUUUAACUAGCUCAGCUUGCAAAGCAUUUUACUGAGAUUUUGAUUGAGACUGUUCUACAAGCCAGCUGCACCUUCAAAAGGUCAACUGAACAAUAGUCACCAAACACUGAGAGUGCAGGAAUGUUGGGUUUUUUUUGAGAGAAUUGACCCAUCAAAAGCAGACCAAGCAAUCUCAGGCAAUAAUGUAUUAUUCUGGAAAACUAUAGGAAGGCUAAGGUCAAUCUAACAACGUAGAUGCUAAAUGUGAAUGAACCUUGUAUCACAAUAUAAUAUUUUGUUAUUCAUUUGUUCAAGAGAUGUAUUUGGUCUUGUUUUAUUGAACACUCUCUUUACCCAUUUUAAAAUCCUGAUCAUUCUUUAAAGUAAUACAUUUCAGAGAAAUUAAUGAGCAACUGUGAAUUUAAUGGUGGCUUAGGAAUAACAAUGGGAAAAUUGUCGUCUUUCAUCCUCGAGCAAAGUAUUGAAACAGUGACAACCAGCAAAUUUUUAACUUUACACAUUUUGAUGUUCACCUGCCCUUAAUCCUCAAGUUUUUCAAAUUUGCAAAAGUAAUUCAUAUGCUCCAUGUUGCACUAUUUGGUGCUUUACAAAUAAGAUGACAAAUCUAUUCUGCAGAGAAGAUUUGGUGAUAUGUGUUGGAUUGUGAAUGUUAUAUAAAUCUCUGCCAACACAAUUGUCCAUAUGUAGCUGGUUACAAUUUCUUAAUAAAAUUCUGUUGAAAUAUAUGAAUUUUGGUGUACAUAUAGCAUAGCAUAGCUCUUCCUUGUUAAGUUGCUGUAGUAAACCAAGAAGAUUUGUACAAAUUUGUUACUUUAAAUUUUUUAAUGUGACCAAUCAGAAAAACCUUUCUCCAUAUUAUUUAUUUUUAAGUAUCAUUUGAUGUCAGUUUUCCCAUCUAAAUUUUAAUAUUUAUAAUUUAAUUGCAAGCUCUGAAACCUUCAAGGAGCAGUGAAAUAUCAUUUGAGGUUAUCAUGUUUUUGAUUUGUGCCAGGUAUUUUAAUUGAAUUUUAUUUUUCUUCAUUUUCACAAUUUAAAAAUAUAUCUUUAGCACAGUUUCAUAUGAAGUUAAGGAGAAAAGGAGAACAAGACAACAUACACUGUUUUUGUGCCAAAAGCCUUUGUUCUAGGUUUUAAUCUAAAUGUGCAAAAUUUGAAGUAUUGUAGAAUUUUUCAAAGUUUUACUAAACAAAGCAAAGGUUAGCUCAAAUUUCACUCGCAACCUAGAUUAUUUAUCCACAAAGCACAUCAAAUAUUUCAAGCUUUGAAAAAUAUUGAUUAUUACAUAUAUGCAGAUUUAUUUAAUGCCAGGAAUGCAAAACAACUUGUUUAGCACAUCACCUUGGGCUAAACUUUAUAUGCAAGAAAGUUCUCCUUAAACGAAUAUAAACUCUCUUGUUUGUAUCGAAUUUGAAUAAUUCGAGAUGUUAUUCAUUAGAAACAAAGUUGUCCAGGUGAUUUUUUUUUUAAAAAAUGCUUUCAGCUGUCACUAUCUUAAACUAAUCACGUACUGCUACUUUUCUCCUCGCUCCACCUCAAUAGCUCUGGUAAAAGUCAUGGCAUAAUUUUUGUAACAAAUCAUACAGCUCAAAUUAAUGUAAAUCACAGCCAGAGUAUUUGGUUUAAUUAAUGAGGACUGUCAUGCAUUUCUUUAAUUUUAUUUUACUGAACUAUUGGAAGCUACAGUAGAGAAAGACAAUAAUACCAAGAUGCAGAACACCCCCCUCCUGAGUGAAAUCUAUGUAAAUCAAGUACUAGUCAGGUUUUUAUCUGUUAUACUUCCUGUAAUUUGUACUUCAAAUUACAAAAUGUUCUGCAAUGACCAGAGUCCUAGGCUAUCUCAUCCUCUUGGGCUGUGCUGGAAUGCAUCAUGAAAUUAUUGCAAGAUUGACCUAUGAAGGCUAAGUUGCUCUGUUAUAAAAAUAUAUAUUUUAAAACAGUUAAUGUUAUCUUGCAUAAAAUGGGAAAAUGUUGGAAGCACUCAGCAGGUAACUUUAGCAAGACAGGAAUAUGCCAUACUUUCAGACCUGACACUCCCCUUCAUACUUCUGAACUAAUUUAUAGGGAAAGAAAGAUCAAUGCUGGCUACUUGAGAUUAAGAGCAGAAAAACUUUGAAUUAGAAUGCUCAGUGUUAUAUAAUCAAAGUUUGCACAAGUAAUUUUUUUUUUAAAUGUGGAUUUAGAAUAGGUGGCAAAUUUUAGGAAUCCCUUUCUAGUAAUGAUGACAUUCCAGGUGCCAUAGAUAUGCUACUGCAAGACCCUUUAAUUCAGAAACAGUCAGUAGAGCCCUACAACUUGCUGACAGCAUAGACCAACAAAACUUGAGUUUGUAUUCAGUUUUCUAUAUUGCCAAAUACCAUAGCUCCUUCCUAUUUCUCUACCCUAGACCUUAUUUCAUUGUACUUGGUGCUUUGACUUUGACUUAGUGAUGGGUUUAUUAAGUUGCAGUAUGCUCAGUUACAUGUGUGGUGGUGUUCAAACCAUUUUUGUCAUCUGUUAGUUUUCUAUCUAAAGUAAGUAACACUAUGACCCAUCACAAAUUGGCAAAAAAAGUUGAGAGCCACCAAGUACACUCAAUUGUAUACAAAUGUGCCAAUGCAGUAAGCAGCUAAGAGUAUGCUGUAUAGAAAGUUUGUUUCCUUGCUACCUCCAGUAUGGAAUUAUAAUUGACUCAGCUGCAAUAAUUUAUUCAGGUUUUGAUUUUUGCAUGGAAAUUCCUUCAAAAGUACUUGUCUGCAUAUGUUUUACAAAAAUAUUCCUUUUCCAAUUCUAAUGUAGUUAAAGCACAUUGGCUUGUUGCCUUUUUUGUGAACCAAUACAAGCUUAACAUGUAGAAGAAACAUUUAAACCUUCUAUACUCUUUGUAGGAAUGUUUUUUUUUCAGAUUCUGGCCACGUGCUAUAUUUGAAAUCUUCCCUCAAUACAUUCAGUUUAAAAAGUCAACAUAACUCAAAGAUAUGUAAGCAAGUAAAAUGCUGAAAGUAUUUCCUUCACACUAUAAACUACCUUUUCCAUCAUUUAACUGGCUUAGUGCAUUAUUGCUUCACUUAAAAUCUUCCAACAUUAUAUGUACCUUUUUGUGGUAAAUGUGUGAGCACUGAAAUAAGCAGAGGGCAGUUACCGUGGAUUUGUGUUUUUAGAAGCAGGUGUUGAAUCGAAUAAAUAAUUACAGCACUGUGGAUCGGUGCUUCUUUGUAAAUAAGUGCAGGAACUUUCUUUGUUUUUUGGGUAGUUUAUGCUGUGAGGGGAACAAAAAUAACUAUCUCUGAAUUGCAACAAAUAAAAAUUACCCUGUUGUAUUGCAUUUCUGCAGAUUAUAUUUUUUGAGUAAUUGAAACCUGUAUAUGUUAUCAUUUAUACAUUUGCAGUAAUUAGUAAACUUAGAAACAGCGAGUUUCAUCAGGGUUGUAUUUGAUUCUGAAAUCAGUGUAUGGGCAAGUGCAUUAUUGCAUAAUAAA